AGUUCGAGCUGCAUUAGCCGCUUCGCUCCCCAAAAAGGUCUAUUCGAUUUCGACUUUGGACUGUAGCGAACUGCUCGGCGGGGUCUUUGAUGGCAUUCAUCGACGCCGACAAGCUUAGCUACGAGAUCUUCUCCUUCCUGGAGAGCAAGUUCCUCUUCACCCCCUCCACCACUGCAUCACCGGCUAUCUCGAGUGGCGCUGUUGGCAGGAUUCGCGUCCUUUCGAUCGACGGCGGCGACCGCCCCUCCGACGUCCUCCUCGCCGCCGCCGCCCUCGAUCGGCUCGAAGCCACUCUCCGCCUCCAUACCGGGGAGCCCUGCGCCCGAGUCGCCGACCUCUUCGACGUCGCCGCCGGAUCCGGCGCCGGAGGCGUCCUCGCUGCGAUGCUCUUCACCAGGGGCCACGACGGUCGCCCUCUCUUCUCCGCCGCCGACGCGCUUCGCCUCCUCGUCGCCGAGAGCCGCCGCCGCCGCGGUCGCGGCUUCGCCUGCUCCCGCGGCGGCGGCCUCUUCCGCGGGGUGUUCCGCCGGCCGGGCGGGUUCUUCCGCCGGGUGUUCGGGGACGCCACCCUGAGGGACGCCGUGAAGCCGAUCCUGAUCCCAUGCUACGAUCUCGCGACGGCGGCGCCGUUCCUCUUCUCGCGGGCCGACGCGGUCGAGGCGGACGGGUACGACUUCCGGACGUGGGAGGUGUGCGCCGCCACGUGCGCCGACACCACAGCGGUGGAGAUGCGAUCUAUGGACGGACGGACGCGGGUCGCCGCGGUGGGAGGCGGCGUUGUGAUGGCGAACCCCACGGCCGCCGCCAUCACGCACGUUCUACACAACAAGCAGGAGUUCCCCUUGGCGACCGGACUGGAGGACCUCCUCGUGGUUUCUCUCGGAGCCGCCCCUAGGGAACCCGUCCCAACCGGAGCGGCUGAGCUCCUCAGGAUCGCCAGCGAUGGCGUUGCCGAUAUGGUGGAUCAAGCUGUAGCCAUGGCAUUUGGACACGGCAGUGCAAACAAUUAUACUCGCAUCCAGGCCAAUAAUUUAAUGUCGGGAAAUUGCACGCCGCAUUUGCUCAACUCCAAGAAUUUGAUGCGAACGAUGGAAGACAUUUUCUCACAGAGACAUGUAGAAUCGUUUCUCUUCAGUGGAAAAAGGCUCUCCGAGCAGAGCAAUGCCCAUAAGCUCGACCAUUUCGCAAGUGAAUUGAUCAAGGAAGAAGAGAGGCGGAAGAAGAAUCUAAUUCCGAUUGUCGUAAUCAAGCAAGUGAUGACACCACGAACAUCAUCCGCGACGACUAUCACCACCACCGUCACAACCACUGCCACUACAAUGUCACCGGUCCACUGAAUUAAAGAGUGUAGCAAAGAGGCGAGAUUGUGUAUAUGUAAUGUACCUAUCAAGGACCGAUCUUGAUGGAUUAGUUAGUUCUAAGAUGAUUUGCAUGUUCCAUGUUAUUUGUUAUGGAACUGUUAUUUUUUUCGAGUUUAUUUGAGCUGAUUGGAAGAGAAUUGGCAUGUGUGAUCAAAUUUGGUGACAUUCACCUUUUGGACUGGGAUUGGUCUUGUCAUGUGCAAUCUAAAUUAUUGGCCGUUGUCUAAUGUUACUCUAAUUAAUGAGCAAUAUUUCACUCCA